AUGGUUCUCCUCACAGGUGAGUGAAUCAGUUGAGCCCAUGCUUGGUGAAUAGCACUUGGUUGAUCUCUGGGGGCAGGACACAAGAGAGGAGAGACAGUAAAUCCAUGUUUGUACUGCGUGAGGAGGUUCCUCACCAUCUUAGCUGCCGCACAUCUAGAAUUUCCCAGCAUCUUUGCAGGAACUAGUCAUUUCUACGCGACGCGGCCACAUGUAGAAGUACAUGACAGCACGCCCAUAGUGCUUCCAAAACAAAGAUCUACACACAUACAAGAGGCAUAUAGCUCACUCGAUACAAAUCAUGGAUUUACUAUCUUUCUGAGUUUUCUCUGGUGUUUGUAGAACAACCUGCAGCUGGACACAGACAUUUAUAAGAUAACUGUUUUCCAGAAUAGAGAACAAAGAGAGUAUCAACAAUACCAGGUUAGUUGAAGAAUCGACGGCAACGUUUUAUGUAAAGUUGGGAGUUAUUUUUCUAUAACUAAAUAGAAUACAAAUAUAAAAAAAGACUUAGCAGUUUGUUGGACAGAGUUCUCUCUCGAGCGGUCACCAGCUGUGUGUAGUACCUUAGAAACGGAGAACGUGAUUGGCAGACGUGAUCAGCAGAGAUGGUACCUGGAUAGUACACAAGUGUUGAUUGGUUUGCUGUUUAGUACUUGGCAGUGUUUGCCUGUCCAUCUACUGAACAUAAAAGUAUGUAUUUUGAAAAAAAUUACAAGAACUGACAUAGCCAACAAACUGAAAUGUUUCUGAAUAAAUAAAUAUAUACUAUGUAAAAACCGAUCAUCUCGAAAACUAAAGCAGAUACGAUGCAUUGGCUCACCACCAAUAACUUUUUCACACACACACCAAACAUUUCUUCAAAACAGCAUGGUUCGAGAACACACUCUGCAACAUUCCAGGUACAAGUGCUCUCAACCGCUAACUUCUUCGAGGUUGAUUGGCAGACUACAACCUAUAAGGUACAUUGCCGCCACCAACUGGUUCUGAAUCACUAUUCAAAGGUGAGCGUACCACACAUGUGGCGUGUGGGGUACCACAUUCACCAUAUGAAUGGUGUGAUUGGUAAGAUGUUUCCACCUUUUAAUGGGGUGAUUGUUGUCUAAUCGGGUGUUAAUCCACACACACAUUAUAGUAAAGAGCGUAACAAAAAUCGUCCCACAGCCAAAGAAAAUACUACAUAAAUCCCUACUCAGGUUCUGGGUCCUGAGAGGGUGGUACUGCCCGAGACAACACUCCAGGAACCGCUCUGCCGCAGACAAAAUGACGUCAAUCUUUCUGGAGUUUGACAGUAGUGCUGUUAAUCAUAUAAAGGCCACAAAGUGUCUGGUUCUUGCGGGUGAGAGGCAAACUCUGUAGCGAAGGCCCCUCCGCCACCGUGGAACUUUCUGAACCACUCGAUCCCUCAACCCGUUUGACAGCCUCUUUUCCUUGUUUCCAUUCACCACAUGAUUCAUCUGACUUGAAUUGAAAACCUGGGAUAUUCUUCAUUAGAGCAACAUCGACUUCCCACGAGACGCCAGAUAUUACCCCAUUGAGAGGUGCCCUACUCCGAACAGCUACGCAAGACACGGCAUAUUUCUCAAAUUGGGUGAGAAGCAACACAUGCCUUUUCUGUUCCGCUGAAGUACAAAAAAUCUAAACAAGCCCACUUCUUUUGAUCCUCACAUCUUUUACUUUAUCCACUAGGUUGGCUAUCUGAUAUAGAAAUUAAAAUAUAUACAGGUUAAAAGUAAUUACUAAAUGUUCCACCCUUAAAUAUAGUUGUGAAAUGUUCUUGUUUUAAGUAUGAUUAGUACUUUCUUAGUAGUGACUAAUUAUUACACUCCGAAACUGUGUGAGAUGUGUUAGAAUCUACUACCUGGUAAUGUGUGAGUGUAGGACCAGUAAAGAUUAUGACAUUGUGUUACUAUUUAGCAAUUUGAGUAGGAGUUAGACCGGACGGCGAAGAAGAAGGAGAACUGUUAAACAUGGUGCAGAAUAUUGUGAUAACGGUGAUAACUGAGGAAUGCAGGGAGUAGACUAUGAUAAGAAAAUGUAUGUGUGUAUGUAUGUGUGUAUAUGUGUGUCUAUGUACAUUUUUACAUUUACAUUUUAGUCAUUUAGCAGACGCUCUUAUCCAGAGCGACUUACAGGAGCAAUUAGGGUUAAGUGCCUUGCUCAAGGGCACAUUAACGUCAUUUAGCAGACGCUCUUAGCCAGAGCGACUCACAAAUUGGUGCGUUCACCCUAUAGCCAGUGGGAUAACCACUUUACAAUUUGGGGGGGGGGGGGGGGGGGGGUAGAAGGAUUACUUUAUCCUAUCCCAGGUAUUCCUUAAAGAGGUGGGGUUUCAAAUGUCUCCGGAAGGUGGUGAGUGACUCCGCUGUCCUGGCGUCGUGAGGGAGCUUGUUCCACCAUUGGGGUGCCAGAGCAGCGAACAGUUUUGACUGGGCUGAGCGGGAACUAUGCUUCCGCAGAGGAAGGGGAGCCAGCAGGCCAGAGGUGGAUGAACGCAAUGCCCUCGUUUGGGUGUAGGGACUGAUCAGAGCCUGAAGGUACAGAGGUGCCGUUCCCCUCACUGCUCCAUAGGCAAGCACCAUGGUCUUGUAGCGGAUGCGAGCUUCAACUGGAAGCCAGUGGAGUGUGCGGAGGAGGGGGGUGACGUGAGAGAACUUGGGAAGGUUGAACACCAGACGGGCUGCGGCAUUCUGGAUGAGUUGUAGGGGUUUAAUGGCACAGGCAGGGAGGCCAGCCAACAGCGAGUUGCAGUAGUCCAGCCGGGAGAUGACAAGUGCCUGGAUUAGGACCUGUGCCGCUUCCUGUGUAAGGCAGGGUCGUACUCUCCGAAUGUUGUAGAGCAUGAACCUGCAGGAGCGGGUCACCGCCUUGAUGUUGGCGGAGAACGACAGGGUGUUGUCCAGGGUCACGCCUAGGCUCUUCGCACUCUGGGAGGAGGACACAGCGGAGUUGUCAACCGUGAUGGCGAGAUCAUGGAAUGGGCAGUCCUUCCCCGGGAGGAAGAGCAGCUCCGUCUUGCCAGGGUUCAGCUUGAGGUGGUGAUCCGUCAUCCAUACUGAUAUGUCUGCCAGACAUGCAGAGAUGCGAUUCGCCACCUGGUUAUCAGAAGGGGGAAAGGAGAAGAUUAGUUGUGUAUCGUCAGCGUAGCAAUGAUAGGAAAGGCCAUGUGAGGAUAUGACAGAGCCAAGUGACUUGGUGUAUAGGGAGAAAAGGAGAGGGCCUAGAACUGAGCCCUGGGGGACACCAGUGGUGAGAGCACGUGGUGCGGAGACAGCUUCUCGCCACUUGGUAGGAGCGACCGGUCAGGUAGGACGCAAUCCAGGAGUGAGCCGCGCCGGAGAUGCCCAGCUCGGAGAGGGUGGAGAGGAGGAUCUGAUGGUUCACAGUAUCAAAGGCAGCAGACAGGUCUAGAAGGACAAGAGCAGAGGAGAGAGAGUUAGCUUUAGCAGUGCGGAGAGUCUCCGUGACACAGAGAAGAGCAGUCUCAGUUGAAUGACCAGUCCUGAAACCUGAUUGGUUUGGAUCAAGAAGGUCAUUCUGAGAGAGAUAGCAAGAGAGUUGGCUAAAGACGGCAUGCUCAAUAGUUUUGGUAAGAAAAGAAAGAAGGGAUACUGGUCUGUAGUUGUUGACAUCAGUGGGGUCGAGUGUUGGUUUUUUGAGAAGGGGAGCAACUCUCGCUCUCUUGAAGACGGAAGGGACAUGGCCAGCGGUCAAGGAUGAGUUGAUCAGCGAGGUGAGGUAGGGGAGAAGGUCACCGGAGAUGGUCUGGAGAAGGGAGGAGGGGAUGGGGUCAAGCGGGCAGGUUGUUGGGCGGCCUGCAGUCACAAGUCGCAGGAUUUUAUCUGGAGAGAGAGGGGAGAAAGAAGUCAAAGCAUAGGGUAGGGCAGUGUGAGCAGGACCAGCAGUGUCAUUAGACUUAACAAAUGAGGAUCGGAUGUCGUCAACCUUCUUUUCAAAGUGGUUGACGAAGUCAUCCACAGAGAGAGAGGAGGGGGGGGGGGGGGGGGGGGGGGGGGAGGAUUCAGGAGGGAGGAAAAUGUGGCAAAGAGCUUCCUAGGGUUAGAGGCAGAUGCUUGGAAUUUAGAGUGGUAGAAGGUGGCCUUAGCAGCAGAAACAGAUGAAGAAAAUGUAGAGAGGAGGGAGUGAAAAGAUGCCAGGUCGGCAGGGAGUUUAGUUUUCUUCCAUUUCCGCUCCGCUGCCCGGAGCUCUGUUCUGUGAGCUCGCAAUGAGUCAUCAAGCCACGGAGCUGGAGGGGAGGACCGAGCCGGCCGGGAGGAUAGGGGACACAGAGAGUCAAAGGAUGCAGAAAGGGAGGAGAGGAGGGUUGAGGAGGCAGAAUCAGGAGAUUGGAGGGAGAAGGAUUGAGCAGAGGGAAGAGAUGAUAGGAUGGAAGAGGAGAGAGUAGUGGGAGAGAGAGAGCGAAGGUUGCGGCGGCGCAUUACCAUCUGUGUAGGGGCAGAGUGAGUAGUGUGGGAGGAGAGCGAGAGAGAAAAGGAAACAAAGUAGUGGUCGGAGACAUGGAGGGGAGUUGCAGUGAGAUUAGUAGAGGAGCAGCAUCUAGUGAAGAUGAGGUCAAGCGUAUUGCCUGCCUUGUGAGUAGAGGGGGACGGUGAGAGGGUGAGGUCAAAAGAGGAGAGGAGUGGAAAGAAGGAGGCAGAGAGAAAUGAGUCAAAUGUGGACAUAGGGAGGUUGAAAUCCCCCAAAACUGUGAGGGGUGAGCCAUCCUCAGGGAAGGAACUUAUCAAGGCGUCAAGCUCAUUGAUGAACUCUCCAAGGGAACCUGGAGGGCGAUAGAUGACAAGGAUAUUAAGCUUAAAUGGGCUAGUGACUGUGACAGCAUGGAAUUCAAAUGAGGAGAUAGACAGAUGGGUUAGGGGAAAAAUUGAGAAUGUCCACUUGGGAGAGAUGAGGAUUCCUGUACCACCACCCCUCUGACCAGAUGCUCUCGGGGUAUGCGAGAACACAUGGUCAGACGAGGAGGAGAGCAGUAGGAGUAGCAGUGUUUUCAGUGGUGAUCCAUGUUUCCGUCAGCGCCAGGAAGUCGAGGGACUGGAGGUUGGCAUAGGCUGGGAUGAAGUCAGCUUUGUUGGCAGCAGAACGGCAGUUCCAGAGGCUGCCUGCGACCUGGAACUCCAGGUGUGGGGUGCGUGCAGGGACCACCAGGUUAGAGAGGCAGCAGCCACGCGGUGUGGUGCGUUUGUGUAGCCUGUGCAGAGAGGAGAGAACAGGGAUAGGCAGAGGCAUAGUUGACAGGCUGUAGCAAAUGGCUACAAAAAUGCAGAGGAGAUCGGAAUGAAAUGAGCUAAGCAUCUGGGAGAGGAGAGAGCAGGGCCUCCCUCACCAAAAACUUCUACCUCAGAAACUAAAAUUGUUUCACUGAACCACCCGAACAAAAACUCUCCCAACUUCCACCUUUAGAAAUCAGAAUUGUUGUGAACCACAGCGGUUCAAUGUUUAAAGGAAUAGACUCAACCCACUUUAUUCAGCUAGCUAACUAUGACACCAUAGCUAACUAGCAAGCUAGCAUCCAAUAACAAUAACACACCGCUUAGCACCAACACUUGGUCACAACAAACCACCAAUAGUGUGAUAACACACUAAACAGAUCAUUCGUGUCUGUGUCAAGUUCCUUUCAUGACGCAGCAAUGAUUAAACGUUGGCUAGCUAGGACAAGUAUAUUGUAUUUGGCUACUACCGUACAGUUAGCUGGUCGUGUUGGGUAGCUAGCAAUGGCCACUGUGUUGACUUUGUUUGAAGAACGGCUAGCUAGCUAGCUUCGUGCUACACCCGGCACACAAUGGCUAUUGUGUUGACUCUGACUCUGUUCGAACAGCCGGCACGGCCGAAGACACUGCCAAGACACACCAAUAGUGUGAUAACACACUAAACAGAUCAUUCGUGUCUGUGUCAAGUUCCUUUCAUGACGCAGCAAUGAUUAAACGUUGGCUAGCUAGGACAAGUAUAUUGUAUUUAGCUACUACAGUACAGUUAGCUGGUCGUGUUGGGUAGCUAGCAAUGGCCACUGUGUUGACUUUGUUUGAAGAACGGCUAGCUAGCUAGCUUCGUGCUACCCCCGGCACACAAUGGCUACUGUGUUGACUCUGACUCUGUUCGAAAAAACAGCUAGUUAGCUCGCUUCGUGCUACAGCCGGCACGGCCGAAGACACUGCCAACCUACAGUAACUAACCACAACAACCCACGAUGCCUAGCUAUGACGCCGUAGCUAACUAGCAAGCUAGCAUCCAUUAACACACAAUUUAGCACCAAUACUUGGUUACAACAAACUGCCAAGAGUGUGUUAGCACACUAAACAGAUAAUUCAUGUCCGUGUCUAGUUCCUUUCAUAACGCAUAACGCAGCAAAAAAUUAAACGUUGGCUAGCAGCACAUUAACAUUGGAAACAGCUCUCCACCGUUGCUAAUCGUUACCAGUAGCUACCCGCUAGCUAGCUAGCCUCGUGCUUCGAUACUAACCUACUAUUACCUACGGAAACCUACAAUAACAACAAUACUAACCUAUGAUAAAUACAAUACCUAACUACAACUAACUACCUACCUACGAUCUAAUACAUGGUUAAGCUUUACUCAACACCAUAUGAGAAGCUUACCUCCUGCUUACCUCCAGCUAGAGUGGCAAGUCCACAGGUCACUUCUAGAGCUCUUCCCUCAAUACAACUGUGUGUGUAUGUAUGUGUGUAUAUGUGUGUGUAUGUAUGUGUGUGUGUGUGUGUGUGUGUGUGUGUGUGUGUGUGUGUGUGUGUGUAUGUGUGUGUGUGUGUGAGAACUGAUGGUCAGGAGAGCAGUUUUAAAGUGGAAAACUACAGCCCGCCUACAGAGGGGUGGGAUUGUUGUUUGACGUGUGCAUAUAAAAUAUUGUACGACCAUUUUGUGGCAGAAUUCUCCAUGAAUAAAGACCUGACUAUGCAGACCGGGACUCUGUCCGUUUCUUGAGCCAAAAGCCUUACAACCUUUUAGGAGACGCACAGAGACAAAAUAGUUUGUUAAAUAAUUCUCAUAACAAUAUCCCAAACAGAUUCGUCAAGUUUGGUAUUUCGCUCUGUUCAUCUUCAAAAAUACAUACUCCUACCAGAUAAGAGGGGAUAUUAGCAGAACUUUAGUUUUUGUAUUACACCAGAACUUUGCUCCGUUUUCCAUUCUUUCGGACAAAAAUCCAAUCUUCCUCGAUUCUACCGCCAUUAGAUUCAAGCUCUAUUGUACAUUUGCUUCUGCCAUUUCUCCAAAGCAAAGCUAAUAUGGCCCAUCCACUAAAUUACCAGCUAUUUAGUUGUAUGAGUCUUGCUAUUGUAUGACACCUGAAUUGCUCAUAUUUUAUAUUUCUGUGACAAAUGUACCUUAUGAGAGUAGACUUGUAGGUCAACGAGGCCUCAUCGGCACCGGGAAACAUGGCAAUGAAAAUGAACCAGGGAUUGGUUGACACGCAACAGUAGGGACCGAUUGAGGUGGGAAGGUAUUGACCGACUGAGGGGUGGAGCAUGGCGUCUUCAGCGAAAAGACGAGCAGUUGGAAAGGGAGUAAGUCCUGAUGAUAGUGAGGAUAACAGCUCGGAUGAGGGAUCGGAAGACGAUGGUGAUUCAGGAGAGGAGGACAGCGGAUCAGAAGAGGAGAGCAAUGAAGAUGUCAAGGCCGAGGAUAGAAUAGACGCCGGAAUGGAAAGGAGGGGGAAAAUGGAGUCCUUAGAGAAGGCAAGAAACAGAUACAGGUUUGGAGAAAUGCAGUAUUAUCAUAAGGAGACAUAUACUUAGAUGAAUGAGGAGGAAUGGAGGGAAAAAGAGAGGCAGAGGAGGUCUAAGAGAGAGAGGGAGGAAGAUUGUGAGUUUGAGUCGGUAAAAAAAUGGCGGGAAAAAGGGAGAAGGUUUGUUAAAGAAGAAUGGUAGGAAAUGUAAGCAAAGUGAGCUGAAGACAGGAGUAGAAAUGGAAGUGAAUGAGGGUGAUGUAUUGGAGGUGGAAGGUGUGGUGAAGUACUCUGAGCCCGAGGAUUGCACAGUGGGUCAGGAUAAAGAUGAGUCUGUGACAGCAGGAGUGAAGUUUGUGAAAAAAAAUUAUCCUUGCCUUUUGGCUGAUCCAAUUGUGGUUUCAAGAUGGGUGAAAAGAGCGUUGGGUAAAAUGGAAUCGGUGAGGGUAACCAGAAGUGGUCUAGUGAUAAUUGUUUGUGUUUCUGUUGGUCAGAGGGAGAAGGCGCUUAGAGUUAAACAAAUGGGGGAAAGAAUUGUGAAUUGUUUCGCUCUUAAGAAAAGGGCGCCAUUGAGAGGAGUGAUUACUGGAGUAGCAGUGAAUGUAAAAGUUGACCAACUGAAGGAGAUGAUUCCCGGUGUGUGUGAUGCUCGUCGUUUGGUGUGACGUAAACAGGGUGGCGAGAGUGGGGAAACAGAAGAGUCAUUGUCUGUUCUUUUGAGUUUUGAAGUUGAGUCUUUGCCUGAGAAAGUGAGGUUAGGAUAUAUAAGUUAUCCAGUGUGAGCAUAUGUGCCGAAUACCUUAAGAUGUUACAGGUGUCAAACUUAUGGGCAUGUGGCAGCAGUGUGUAGGAGGGAGAUUCCAAGGUGUGAGAAGUGUGCAGAAGGGCAUGAGACUAAGGAGUGUGAAGCAGUGGGGAAAGUGGUGGUAUGUGCUAAUUGUAGGGGUGGCCAUGGGGCUGGGGAUCAGACAUGUCCAGUGUGAGAGAAGCAGGUUGAGGUAUCCAAGGUAAGAGUAGAGAAGAAGUUGUCAUAUGCGGAGGCAGUGAAGAAAGUAGAGGAAGAUGGGUCAAGGGGGAGGGAUCCUGAGAGAAAUGGUGUGAGUAGUAGAGAUGUACCAGUACAGAGGGAUAAACCAAAAAGUGAUAUAUGGUUCAGCAAGAUUGGAUUUUUAGCGUUUAUAGCAAUGGUUAUUAAUUGUACUGCAGGGAUGGAACGCAAAUCAAAGAAAAUUGAGGUGGUGGUGGCAGCUGCAGAGAGAUAUUUGGGUGUGGAAGACUUGACAGCAGAAGAGUUACUGGGAGUGUUAAGUGGUGAUGUUUCAUCAAUUCAGGUUGAGGGCAUGAGGUAGGAGUGAGUGUAUUUAAACAGUGGAGAAGGGUGGGGUUAAUUAUUAGUUGUAGUGUUGAAGGUGUGAGUGUAGUGUUAGAUGGUAGGAUAUUUCUUUGCUUUGGUUUAUUUUAUUUUUCAAGGAAAGAUAAGGGAGUUGAACUCCAGUCUAGCAGGUGGCGGUAAUGCAACAAAUUGGAUGCCAACCGCCGUUAAACCUCAUUGAAGAAGAAUAAGAAGAAGACGAAGAAGAAGAAGAAGAAGAAGAAGAGGAAGAAGAAGAGGAAGAAGAAGAAGAAUUACGAGGCCUCGUCUUUUUUUGUAAAGAAAAGAAAGCGUCCCACAUUGCUUACCGUAGUGACGUCAAUUUAGAGGGCCAAGCAACAAUGGUAAGUGAGCAAUCAAAUUUCUGUCUGGCUCAUGUUUUGAUUAAAUAAUACAAGGAUUUAGCUUCCAAUUUGUGUAGCUUGAUAUUAGAGAUGUGGAAGUUUACUUUAUACGGAAAAUAAGAUUUGAUGUAGUUGUUACAUUUUCGAAACACAUUCGCUGUAUAAAACCAUAAUUAUUGUCAGAUAAAUUUAGCGUUACGUUAGCUAGCUAACAGUACAGUAGCUCUUCCAUUGAAUAACGUUACAGCGUUGUUUUUUCCGGUAGCGGCAGCUAGCUUUCAUGCUGAUACCCCGAUCAUGAAAUAAAUAGCUGCGAUUACUAACUUCAUCAUCCUAAUGUUACUCUGAGCAUUUAGUACUCAAUGUUGAGUCCGGUCAACUCAAAUAGACUGUCAACCUAAUACGAAUUAGCUAACGUUAGCAAGCAAGCUUAACUAGCUAGUUAGCCAAUAAAAUCUACCAACACUAAGUUUUGUUCAAGGUUAAUCAGGAUAUCUAGCUAGCUAACUUAGCUAAUGUGUGGGUUUAUAAUUUCAGGGUCAAAGCCAGAGUGGGGGCCAAGGAGGAGGCAAGAAGGAUGACAAGGUGAGAAUGACAUGGCAACAACCAGAGCUUCUGACAACAGUAUCUCCUCAGUUGGAUCUUUCAGAUUUCUGUGUUAACCUGCUUUAUUCUACUGUCACUAAACAUGUAACCAUAUCAUAUAUUUACAGGAUAAGAAGAAGAAGUAUGAGCCUCCCAUCCCCACCAGAGUUGGGAAGAGGAAGAAGAAAAGCAAGGGACCAGAUGCGGCCAGCAAGCUACCUUUAGGUAACGCUAUUAAUGUCACCUCACUUAGGAAAAAGGAUCUCUCUUUAAAAAUGACCCAUCAACUCAAUAUCUAGUUUCUGUCUCUACGUCAUUCCUAACUCUCUAGCUAUGUCAUUUCUCACUCACCCUCUUGUCAAGAAAAACAAUAUUGAUAACGGAUUGUAUCUCCCUCUGCAGUCACCCCUCACACCCACUGCAGGCUGAAGCUGCUGAAGCAGGAGAGGAUCAAAGACUACCUGCUGAUGGAGGAGGAGUUUAUCAGGAACCAGGAGCAGAUGAAACCCCUGGAAGAGAAACAGGAGGUACUGAACAUAGAGAUAUAUAAUACUAUAUUAUAUAUAAUGCUAUAUUACUUUAGUUUAUCAGGAACCAGAUGAAACCCCAGGAGGAGAAACAGGCGGUACUGAGUAGACCAUCGAGAUACAGGUAACUGACAAAACCAAGGAAACACUUGAGUAAAUGAGGGAUAAAAAGUGUAUUGAAAGCAAGUGCUUCCACACAGAUGUGGUUCCUGAGUUAAUUAAGCAAAUUAAUAUCCCAUCAUGCUUAGGAUCAUGUAUACAAAUGCUGGGCAGGCCAUUAGUUUGGCUACCAUGGCAAUGCCCCCAUCCACAGGGCACGAGUGGUCACUGAAAUGAGUUCAUGAGCAUGAAAAUGAUGUAAGCCAUAUGCCAUGGAAAUUCAAUUAAUAAAGUUAUUGUGUGUAACAUGUAUUUCCUGUGUGUUCUUCUGCAGGAGGAGAGGUCCAAGGUGGAUGACCUGAGGGGAACCCCCAUGUCUGUGGGGAACCUGGAGGAGAUCAUCGAUGACAACCAUGCCAUCGUGUCUACGUCAGUGGGAUCUGAGCACUACGUCAGCAUCCUCUCCUUCGUAGACAAAGACCUGCUGGAGCCGGGCUGCUCCGUACUACUCAACCACAAGGUACUGACAUAUUUCUGCUCCGUACUACUCAACCACAAGGUACUGACGUAUACUGAACAAAAAUAUAAAGGCAACAUGCAACAAUUUCCAAGAUUUUACUGAGUUACAGUUCAUACUGUAUAAGGAAAUCAUGAGUGGCACGACAAUGGGCCUCAGGAUCUCGUCACAGUAUGUCUGUGAAUUGAAAUUGCUAUCAAUAAAAUGCAAUUGUGUUCGUUGUCCGUAGCUUAUGUCUGCCCAUACCAUAACCCCACCACCACCAUGGGGCACUCUGGUCACAACGUUGACAUCAGCAAACCGCUUUUGUGAGGCCGGUUGUGAGGCCAGUUGGACAUACUGCCAAAUUCUCUAAAACGACGUUGGAGGCGGCUUAUGGUAGAGAACAUUCAAUUCUCUGGCAACCGCUCUGGUGGACAUUCCUGCAGUCAGAAUGCCAAUUGCACGCUUCCUCAGAACUUGAGACAUCUGUGGCAUUGUGUUGUGUGACAAAACUGCACAUUUUAGAGUGGCCUUUUAUUGUCACCAGCACAACUUUGUAAUGAUCAUGCUGUUUAAUCAGCUUCUUGCUAUGCCACACCUAUCAGGUGGAUGGAUUGUUUUGGCAAAGGAGAAAUGCUCACUAACAGGGAUGUAAACAAAUUUGUGCAUAUUUUUUUUGCAAUUUUCUUUGCAUAUGGAACAUUUCGGGGAUCUCGUAUUUCAGCUUAUGAGACUUGAGACCAACACUUUACAUGUUGCGUUCAUCAUUUUCUUCAGUGUAUAUCUGCUCCGUACUACUCAAUCACAAAGUAUUAACAUACACUGAGUUUACAAAACAUUAAGAACAUCUACUCUUUUCAUGUCAUAGACUGACCAGGUGAAUCAAAUAAAAUAAAAUAAAAUUUUAUUGGUCACAUGCGCCGAAUACAACAGGUGCAGACAUUACAGUGAAAUGCUUACUUACAGCCCUUAACCAACAGUGCAUUUAUUUUUAACAAAAAAAGUAAAAAUAAAACAACAACAAAAAAAGUGUUGAGAAAAAAAGAGCAGAAGUAAAAUAAAAUAACAGUAGGGAGGCUAUAUAUACAGUGGGGUACCGGUGCAGAGUCAAUGUGCGGGGGCACCGGCUAGUUGAGGUAGUUGAAGUAAUAUGUACAUGUGGGCAGAGUUAAAGUGACUAUGCAUAAAUAAUUAACAGAGUAGCAGCAGCGUAAAAAGGAUGGGGUGGGGGGGCAGUGCAAAUAGUCCGGGUAGCCAUGAUUAGCUGUUCAGGAGUCUUAUGGCUUGGGGGUAGAAGCUGUUGAGAAGUCUUUUGGACCUAGACUUGGCACUCCGGUACCGCUUGCCGUGCGGUAGCAGAGAGAACAGUCUAUGACUAGGGUGGCUGGAGUCUUUGACAAUUUUGAGGGCCUUCCUCUGACUGAAUCCAGGUUAAAGCUAUGAUCCCUUAUUGAUGUCACUUGUUAAAUCCACUUCAAUCAGUGUAGAUUAAGGGGAGGAGACAGGUUAAAGAGAGAUUUUUAAGCCUUGAGACAAUUGAGACAUGGAUUGUGUUUGUGUGCCAUUUAGAGGGUGAAUGGGCAAGACAAAAUAUUUAUGUGCCUUUGAACAGGCUAUGGUAGUAGGUUCCAGGCGCAUUGGUUUGUGUCAAGAACUGCAACGCUGCUGGGUUUUUCACACUCAACGGUUUCCCGUGUGUAUCAAGAAUGGUCCACCACCCAAAGGACAUCCAGCCAACUUGACACAACUUUGGGAAGCAUUGGAGUCAACAUGGGUCAGCAUCCCUGUGGAAUGCUUUCGACACCUUGUAAAGGUAAUGCCCUGAAGAAAUGAGGCUGUUCUGAGGGCAAAAGGGGGUGCAACUCAAUAUUAGGAAUGUGUUCCUAAUGUUUGAUAUACUCAGUGUAUAUCUGCUCCAUACUACUCAACCACAGGUUUUUGGUUUCGAUGUAUUUAUUUUUGUACAUUAAAUGCACUAUGCAUUAUGUGGGUUGAAUGCUGUAACAACACAGAAUAAAACAAUUAGUACAAGUCCCACGAUGGUAGUGACUGCCACAUUACUGCUUAUCACUUAUUAACCCUAAUUUAUUCACAUUACUUAAACAAGUAUAUUUCAGUUGUUGUGUAUAUUACAUUCGUUUUAUUUGACAACUUUAUUAUGUAAUUCCAAGUCAUCAUCUCAUCUCUAUAGAGCUGCUGCCUCUUCACCCGCCCACCCGACUAGAAUCACUACUCUCGGCGGGUCUGACCUAGAAUAUGUGGACAACUACAAAUACCUAGGUGUCUGGUUAGACUGUAAACUCUCCUUCCAGACUCACAUUAAGCAUCUCCAAUCUAAAGUUAAAUCUAGAAUCGGCUUCCUAUUUCGCAACAAAGCCUCCUUCGCUCAUGCUGCCAAACAUGCCCUCGUAAAACGGACUAUCCUACCGAUCCUUGACUUCGGCGAUGUCAUUUACAAAAUAGCCUCCAACACUCUACUCAGCAAAUUGGAUGUAGUCUAUCACAGUGCCUUCCGUUUUGUCACCAAAGCCCCAUAUAUUAUAAUAAUAAUAAUAAUAUGCCAUUUAGCAGACGCUUUUAUCCAAAGCGACUUACAGUCAUGUGUGCAUACAUCUUUACGUAUGGGUGGUCCAGGGGAUCGAACCCACUACCCUGGCAUUACAAGCGCCAUGCUCUACCAAUUGAGCUACAGAGGACCACACCACUGUGACCUGUACGCUCUUGUUGGCUGGUCCUCACUACAUAUUCGUCGCCAAACCCACUGGCUCCAGGUCAUCUAUAAAUCACUGCUAGGCAAAUCCCCGCCUUAUCUUAGCUCAUUGGUCACCAAAGCAACACCCACCCGUAGUAUGCGCUCCAGCAGGUAUAUCUCACUGGUCAUCCCCAAAGCCAACACCUCCUUUGGCCGCCAUUCCUUCCAGUUCUCUGCUGCCAAUGACUGGAACGAACUGCAAAAAUCUCUGAAGCUGGAGACUCUUAUCUCCCUCACUAACUUUAAGCAUCAGUUGUCAGAGCACCUUACCGAUCACUGCACCUGUACACAGCCCAUCUGAAAUUAACCCACCCAACUACCUCAUCCCCAUAUUGUUAUUUAUUUUGCUCAUUUGCACCCCAGUAUCUCUAUUUGCGCAUCAUCUCUUGCACAUCUAUCAUUCCAGGGUUAAUACUAAAUUGUAAUUAUUUUGCACUAUGGCCUAUUUAUUGCCUUACCUCCAUAACUUGCUACAUUUGCACACACUGUAUAUAUAUAUAUUUUCUGUUGUAUUUUUGACUUUGUUUUGUUUACCCCAUAUGUAACUCUGUGUUGUUGUUUUUAUCGCGCUGCUUUGCUUUAUCUUGGCCAGGUCGCAGUUGUAAAUGAGAACUUGUUCUCAACUGGCUUACCUGGUUAAAUAAAGGUAAAAUAAAUAAAAAAUACGCUGUCUGAAAAAAUCACAAUUUUAGUAGUUCUUCAAAGUAAAUAAGGCAUACCUUUAUGACUGCUGACGGUCAACUAUCAAUCACUUAGAUCAUGUAUUUUCAAGUAGAGAUACCUCGCGAAGCAACUGCUCUCUAUCCCUCUCGAUCGCGCAUUCUUGUCUUUUCUCUCUCUCUCUCUGCAUCUGUAUUUGCCCCACACUAACCUAACGUAGCAGGCGUAAAAGAAACACACAGACCGGACUAGUAGGCACACAAUGGAUUUUUUCUGCGCUAAACUAUGUAGAAUAUUGGCCUGUUGGAAAAUACAACUCCUUAUUACAUCGCACAGUUCGAGCUUGAUCUGAUUCAUCUCUAGAGAAACUGUGCAAUGUGCGCAUUUAAACUCACAGAAAAAAACUGAACGAAAUGGAAUUCAAAUAAUUGAACCGACUUCGGUCAAUUCGUUGUUGUUUUUUACCGAAAAAUAACAGAAAUGUUGGUUAAUCGCUCAGAACUAUGUACUAUUCAACCACAGGGUACUGACAUAUAGCUGCUUCGUACUACUCAACAGAAAGUGUGUCUGGAACUCUAUCGGAGGGAUGCAACACCAUUCUUCCACAAGAAAUUCCAUCAUUUGGUGUUUUGUUGAUGUUGGUGGAAAACACUGUCUCAGGCACCGCUCCAGAAUCUAAGCAUGAUGGGAUAUGAAUUGCUUAAUUAACUUAGGAACUACACCUGUGUGGAAUCACCUGCUUUCAAUAUAAUUUGUAUCCUUCAUUUACUCAAGUGUUUCCUUUAUUUUGGAAGUUACCUUUAUCUGCUCUAUACUACUCAACCACAAGGUACUCAAAUACCUAUUUUAUAGGGCUUUUCACACUACUGAGCCAAGCCAAACCGAGCUGUACUGGGCUGGUGGUUAUGCAUCCAGCAUAGUUGCUGGAACCGUACUGAAAAGGACAAUGUGAAAAAAAUAUCUGAGUCAGUAUGGUUUGGGUUCGGUGGGCACAAUAGUGUGAAAAGGUCAUAGGUUUAAUGCACUAAAUGUAAGUUGCUCUGGAUAAGAGCAUCUGCUAAAUGACUAAAAUGUAAAUAUAAUAUUUGACAUUGUCAUUGUGUCAAGCCAAAGGCUAAUUUCAUUAGUUUGGGGGGGGACAAACUAUUUCUAAUAUUAAUGUUUGGGUUGAGUAGUGAGUGACGUUGACUGACUCUGUCCCUGUUCUCUGAUCGGUGUCUGUCCUCUAGGUUCAUGCUGUGAUUGGUGUCCUGAUGGAUGACACUGAUCCCCUGGUCACAGUGAUGAAGGUGGAGAAGGCCCCUCAAGAGACCUAUGCUGACAUAGGAGGACUGGACAGCCAGAUACAGGAGAUCAAGGUACAAGAAGAGGACUACACUAAACGUUAUACCUUGUAACUGCUUAGUAAUUACCUGCUGUUAUUAAGUAUUUGAUCAGAAAUGAGAUGAGUACCACAGUAUGUACCAGCCUAUACUAGACUCUCUGGACUAAGCCUGUAGCCAUUCACUGUACGUAUGUCACGAUACCAGUAUCGCGAUACUGCAAUACCAGAUUUUCCUUGGUAAAAAUAAAACACGACGCAUACCGAACUCUAUGGGCCUUUAAAAACCUACUUUAUGUAAAAUAUUGUGUGCUAUAGCUUGCGAAAUGAACAAAUGUGACUGGGUGACAACAUAAGGCUGUUUCUUCCAACAUUAGGACUGUUUUCCUCAAGUAAUUCAGUCUGCAUCUGGCUGUGACACUGUUGUUCUAUAGGAGUCAGUGGAGCUGCCCCUCACCCACCCUGAGUACUAUGAGGAGAUGGGCAUCAAGCCCCCUAAAGGAGUCAUCCUCUACGGAGCACCUGGCACUGGUGAGAUAUAUGGACAUUUAACAUGAAUCGUUUAACAAUUAACAUUUAUCUACACAAAGAUGUUGCUGGUCAUUCAAGAGGAAAUUAUUUCCAAAGUUGAGCUCACAACAGUGUGUGCAUACCAAGAAACAUACAAAACCAUGAAUACAUCAUAAGAAACAUCAAAACAAUCUACAUGAUCCCUGAGACAUGCCUAGCAACAAGCAGUAUGGACAGGGAAACAUACAUUGAAAUCAUAUUACAAUAUAAUAACUAUCAUAAUAUAAUAAUAUAUGCUAUUUAGCAGACACUUUAAGCGACUUACAGUCAUGCGUGCAUACAUUUUAAGUAUGGGUGGUCCUGGGAAUCGAACCCACUAUCCUACCAACUGCGCUACAGAGGACCAUAUUACCUAAUAUGCGUGCGGUUCGUGCAUGUUUGUUUGUUUGUGUGCAUAUCUGUGCCUGUUUGUGUGUCUCUGCUAAUAUGUUUGUGUUCCUGUGCCUCUCUCUGUGUGUUAGGUAAGACCCUGCUGGCCAAGGCGGUGGCCAACCAGACGUCAGCUACGUUUCUGCGUGUAGUGGGCUCAGAGCUGAUCCAGAAGUACCUGGGAGACGGGCCCAAGCUGGUCCGAGAGCUGUUCAGGGUGGCCGAGGAACACGCACCGUCUAUCGUCUUUAUCGACGAGAUAGAUGCCAUCGGCACUAAACGGUACUUACUAAAACAACAUUCUUAAAAUAUGCCACUUAAAGGCCCAAUUGAGCAGUUUUUAUAUCAAUAUCAAAUCAUUUCUGCUAAACAAUUAAGUACCUUACUGUAAUAGUGGUUGGCUCAAAAACUAUUUCUCAAGCAAGAAUUUUGCUAGGACUGUUUGGGAGUGGUCUGAGUGGGGAGGGGAAAACUGGAAAUUAGAGAGGUUUGGAACUCUUUGUUAUUGGUCUAUUAAUUAAUAUACUGCCUGGUGAUGUCACCAGGCAAUCCGGAACUCCACCCAUUUAAAACCUGCUGAUUAGAACGUCCUGUGUAGAUUGUAUUUUCAACCAGUAACUAUCAGGAAAUAACACUGAUCACAUUUUUUCACACUUUUUGUUUUAUCAGCUGGAAAAACUGAAUUUGGACUGCACUGGGCCUGUAAAGUUGCACUAUGCAGAAAUCGCUCCGCCAUUUCCUGGUUGCUAAAAUUCUAGUAGUUCACCUAAUUUCAGUUUAUGUGACAAAACAAGCAUGUAUAGUGUAGAUAAUCACUGUAUCAUCUAAACGGCUGUGAAAUGUAUUUUCCAUAACCAAAAAUAUUGUAUUUUCAGCUGUUUAAAGCUGGUGUACAAAACUGCAAGUAAAAGAACAACAACAACAACUUAAGAACGGGGAGCAUAGAAAUGGCGCACAUAGAACAGAUCUACCGCGUCUUAGACUUACUUUCACUGAGAAUGACAGAUCUAUAACACACCUUUCUAUGUGAAUUUGGUCGGGUCGCCCAAAAAGUGACAGAUUGCAGCUUUAAUAAUAGAAAUAGGCAUAGCAAGUUUGUUUAAAAGCUCCACCUUGCCCUCUGAUAAGCUUGGUGAAAGUUUAACAAUUUUGCUUAUACCAACCAAAUCCACGUAGAUAUUCACAAUUACAUAGAGCAUAGGAUCUGACGGGUUGAUUUUGGGAUUGUGCCGAGUACUGUUUCUCUGCCCUUGAGAUGUGACUAAACGGUGUGUUUCUCUCCCUGUGUAGAUAUGAGUCUAACUCUGGAGGAGAGAGGGAGAUCCAGAGGACCAUGUUGGAGCUGCUCAACCAGCUGGAUGGUUUUGACUCCAGAGGAGAUGUCAAGGUGAUCAUGGCCACCAACAGGAUAGAUACCCUGGACCCGGCACUCAUCAGACCUGGUAAGACACUCUCCUGAGUAUCUAUCUGAAAGAUGGAGCCGGUUUUGUAUUUUGAUUAUUGAUAUUAAAAUUGACCGGUAGAGCGGGACUCUUACAAAGGGAUAAAACGACCUCAGUUGAAGUGUAUAUUGAGGAUCAAGAUUCUACUAUAAAAUGAAGACAAAUUGAAUUUCCUCCUUCUGAGCUCCAUCUGUGGAACUGAUCUCUUGACCUUGAGCGAACAACAGAUGAAGCUCUCAAAACACUUUACAAGAAUCAAAUCAAAAGCAACAAAAUUCACUGAAGCCAUUUGAGCAAAGCAGCCUUUUUCUUCCCACACUGUUGAGUCAAUGUCAAUAAGUAUUCUGUUCUAGAAUCAGAAUGAGUAGAACUGAACAGCCAUUCCCUCUCUGAUAUUCCAUGCCCCUUACCCCCUUUACUUAUGUUUUUCCAGGUCGUAUUGACAGAAAGAUAGAGUUCCCUCUGCCUGAUGAGAAGACCAAGAGGAGGAUCUUCAACAUCCACACCAGCAGGAUGACCGUAGCCGACGACGUCACCCUGGACGACCUAAUCCUGGCCAAGGAUGACCUGUCAGGAGCUGACAUCAAGGUAUGGAUGUCCAGGGUUUCCUCUACCACAGUGGUCCUCAACCUGGGUACAUGGCCUAUCUGCAUGGUCCUUGGGAAGACUCAUAAGAGCAUAGGCCAUGGCGAUACAGUUACCAAAAAAAGUUUAAAAACCACUGCUCUACCACUACUAAGGUGGGGGUAGUCCCCCUAUCUAGCACUGUUGCCCCGUGCCUGCCCACAAAUAAUUGGCCUCCAUGGGUUUCAAUUGCUUUAGGGGUGUGGCUUUAGGGAUGUUUGCAACCGCUCUAGGGAAAACAUGACUCUCAAAUUGGCUCUAGCUAAACCAGAGUUAGUAUAUUUGACUUGACUGUGCUGCCCUCUAGUGGCAGUUCUUGUUAUUGUUUGAAAGUAUAUCCUGAAAGGAUUCUCCUACUUCUGGGCCUUGUUCUGCUAUUUUCAGAAUGCCUCCCUCCUUCCUUGAAGUCAUGGAUCUGAGACAAUUAAGUCUAGGAUCAGGUCUUCCAUGUCCAUAUAUUCUUAUUCAUUAUGAUAUAAAAGACUAAACUGAUGCUAGAUCAGUACUACUCUGAGACUAUUUGUGAAUACAGGCCCUGAUCUUUUGAGGCUGACCUGAGUUGACCUUUCUCCUCUCUCUCUCCCACUCCUCCAGGCGAUCUGCACCGAGGCAGGCCUCAUGGCCCUGAGAGAGCGCAGGAUGAAGGUCACCAACGAGGACUUCAAGAAGUCCAAGGAGAACGUGCUAUACAAGAAGCAGGAGGGCACGCCGGAGGGCCUGUACCUCUAACCCGACCUCCGACGUUUAACCCCUGACCCCCUGUCUGCGGUGUGAGAGGUUUUCUAUAUUUUGUUGCGUGUUACAUUUGGCUUCCCUUCCAGUUGUCUACUUUAACUUGAUGUACUCUGACAAUAAAUACAAGAAUUUGAAUGUGAGAGAAGUCUUGUUAUUCAUCGUGCCAUGUAUAAUUACUCUCAUUUCCCUCCAUGCUCUGUUUAGUAUAGGUAGUGUCACGUAGUCAGUUGUCCUAAAGUUUGGUCUGCAUUGGAGAAGCCUGGAAAUCUAGGCUAGAGUACAAGUAGUGUUCAUUGGCAUACAGUCUGCAUCAUAUCCACUUGUGGGUUUAAUAACUGGUUCAUUAGCCCCUGUAAGAGUCUUUAUAUGUUCAUUUUGCGGAAAAUGAAUCCCAUUAAUUAUUCAGUUAGUUCAAUCACUGUCUUCCAGUAGUAUUCAGACUUCAGACAACAUUAACACUGUACAUACUGUUUACACAGAUGCCAUGUUCCUUCAGUCAGACUUAAGCGAUAUCAUUUUGUAGCUAUUCCUCUUGGUUGCAGAGAUCUGUCUGAUUCCAAAGACAGAAUAACAGAAAUUGCCUGAGGGGGAUGCAAUUCAUGUCCUGAUGCUGAAAUUAAUGUAUCUCUCCUUACUAUCUGGUGUCCCUCUUUCUCUUUACUUAAAAGAAGACCUCCACUAAUAACAGGAAUAUUCCAGUAUCUCCCACACACGACGUCGUUUUGGAUGUGCAUAAUACAGAGCCACCACAGCAGUCAGCCGGACACACAUCUAAAUAGUCCCUCACAUCACUUCUCUCUGUUUUAAUAGGGAGUGUAGUACAUCACUUUGAUAUGAAAUAGAUAUGUUAUACACGUGCGCGCACACACACUAUGAAACAAAUCAGCCCCUCCGAAUCCUUCAGGACCUUCUCAGGAGCUAUUCAUUUCCAAUCCUCAUUUCAAUGUUGUUCUCCUACGAUCACCCCUUUUCCAGUACAGUAAGCUGAAGAGCAGAAAUGAAUACGCUGUUUGUGUGCAGUUGAGCAGCUGCAGUUCAUUUGACACGUGGAGCAGAGGCACAACAUUGAUUGCAUUCCUCUUGAUGUGGGGCCAUGUGUAACUUUAUACUAAGCAGAACGCUCGCUAGCCCAUGCAGCUUCGUUUGGGAUUGAGUGAAAAUGCCGCAUGCAGCCCUGAUCUCUCGCUCUCCCUCUUGUCCACUUACUAAAUCUGUCAUGCAGUUGAACUGCAAUGCAGCGCACAUCGCAGCACAUUCAGCAAACAGUAAAAAACAUUUCAAUCAACCGUAGCGUGUAGUAGGGCCAGAGAGACAGGGCAGGAGGGGAGAGGAAGGAGGGGCGAAUUGUAAUGAGCCAUUUGGCCUGCCAAGGAUAAUAUCUGUUGAGGAUGUCUGAGCCGCACCAUGCAUGGAGGCAUGAGAGACUGUUGGUUGUGUAGGUCUAGCCUGGAUAGUUAUAACUACUGGUUAUUACUGUGUAAUAAAGCCUAUGUAAUGUGGGACUGUCGUAGAAUAAUAAAGGCUAACCUUGUUUCUGUGUUCUGGUACAUAUUUAUUCUAAUUUUACCACUGAACUGACAUUUGAUUGACAGGCCCACUGCAGGGUGGAGUCAUUGGCGGAUAUGGAGGUUGACCUUUCAGUGAUUUCGUAGUCAACUGAGGAGUCAAAGAUCAUGGACAUAUCUGAGACUUCUCUUCAUUGUUAUUGACUUCUAAUGUUUUGAGGGUGACUUUAACAACCUUCAUUGCAGGCAGAGACUUCUUAAAGACUUCAUAGAUUAUUCAAAUACUUUAAUUAAUGUUCUGACAGACUGGAACUGAUUGGGUUUGAAGCUGGAUUUCUCUGUGGCCAGAGGGAGAGGCAUUCUCAUCAUUACCCACUAGGUGGCGCCUACGGUGCGUGUUUUUAUAAUAAGCACACUGACAAAAUAAACUGGACAUGAGUAUAAGGCUGGUCACACUUCUUGGACAACGAAUAUCGCAUAAAAUCUGAUAUUUGUUUUCACCAAUUGAACACAACAUUUCCACAGUUAUAAACUACUGUAACCUAUGAUAAAUCCUUAAAAUAGCUUUCCUUGAAAACAUUUCAUAUUUAGCCUUAUCAACUCACUAGGCUAUGGGUUGAAUUUACAAAAAAAGCAACAAAUUCAACAUACUGAUACUGUCUAUUAUGAAGGCAAAACUGUUAAAAUAAAAUAUAGAGAGCAGUGUUGCAGCUUUUGCCCCAUUACAUUUAUUUACACCACCGCAACGAUGCUCCAUUCUUAAAUUUCGCGUCAUUUAGAAAUACUUUCUAGUAGGUUGCAUAUCAUCCAAUGGAAAUACUUGCACCUCCCAGCAUCGAGUCUCAGCACCACUUGUCAGCCCGAUAGAUCCUCUCUUCUGUCACAAAAUACUAACAUUUCCAAAGCUUUCAGUAAACCACAAUUACAUAUCCAUCUAGAACAAAAUCUACAGGAUUAAAAUGUGCCGUUUGGACAAGCAACGGCCCUAAAUCGCAUUUGUUUUAACUUUGUUAUAUUUAUGGGUUUUCCAUCAAGCGCUACUGCCUGGUGCAAUGCAGAUCCGACCUAGCCAAUAAUUGCGCCCAAUACAUAGUGUAUAAUAUUGCGGGUCUGCUCUAACCAAUCAGAGGCAGCGUCACAUACCAGCAUUGCAAAAUUCUCCAGCGUCAACCAGGUAUGGUCUUUAUACACCAGUAGUAUCCUUCCGCUGCAGUGAAAUAGUUCGAUGUAGAAGUUCUGUGCAGCUAGAAUAGAGAUCUAAGUUUAGUUUGAUUUUAUGGCCCUUCGAAAUUCAGUAUCAUAGAUAGUCAUAAUGAUACUAAUGCGGAAAGAAUGUCUCUAUUAUUCACUGACACAUUUGCUGUAGUGUGAUAAAUUAUUAUUUUGCACCAAUAUGACACUAAAGGGUGUUUGGAGAUUCCCCUAUCAUCUAUCCUCAUGCUUGAGUGGUCGUCAACCAAUGUGGGCACAGGUAUCUAUUACUCAAGGAAAACUUCAUAGCUAAAUGGUUAUGUAGACUUGGAUGAGAUGUGCCUAUAUUUUAUAUGCCUACAAUAAAAAUUACAUGAAAGGGCAUAUCUACAAUGACCCUGGUGACUUUUAUAAUGUUCUUGGCUGUUGUUGCACCCAGUGUAUGGAGAGUUGCACCUGCUAUCAAAUCAAAUGUAUUUGUCACAUGCUUCGUAAACAACAGGUGUAGACUAACAGUGAAACGCUUACUUACGGGCCCUUCCCAACAAUGCAGAGAGAAAAAAAUAGAAAUAAUAGAAAAAUAACAUGAGGAAUAAAUACACAAUGAGUAAUGAUAACGUAGCUAUAGACAUGGGAUUCCAGUUACCGAGUCGAUGUGCAGGGGUACGAGGUAAUUGAGGUACAUACUGUAUGUACAUAUACUGUCUGUAGGUAGGGAUAAUGUCACUAGGUAACAGGAUACAUAAUAAACAGUAGCAGCAGCGUAUGUGAUGAGUCAAACGAGUUAGUGCAAAAAGUGUCAAUGCAGGUACCGCUUGCUGUGUGGUAGCAGAGAGAACUGUCUAUCUAUCUAUGCUACACAGGUGGCUGGUGGCACCUUAAUUGGGGAGGACAGGCUCAUAGUAAUGGCUGGAAUGGAAUCAAUGGAAUGGUAUCGAACACAUUCCAUUCACUCCAUUCCAGCCAUUAUUAUGAGCCGUCCUCCCCUCAGCAGCCUCCUGUGCCUAUGGAAAAAUAAUAAUUGAAUUGGGGGAUGUGCACAGUAGAGGAGUAUUCAUUACUGAAAUUGUUUCCAAAUGGAAGCAAACAGAAAAACGAGAGUUUCCAUUGGACAAAUGUAGGUAGGUCCCUCCCAGUUUAGUUGCGUUUGCUUACGUUUAAGACACGUUUUGCAACAGAAUCUGCGGAAUGAAUACAACCCAGGCCUGCUGCACUACAGUAUGCUACGGUAGAGGCAGAGCUGUGCUGUGAUUGGCGUGUCUCCGUCCUGUAGUGGGAGGGGCUUGGGUUAGCCAGUAUUUGAGGUUGGAGAAAUAAGGAAGUGAGUGAACAGGCUGGGCUAGUGUCGCGGAGGGAUACAUAGUCCCCAUUCUCACCACCACGGCGACACACCUCCAUCCCGCUGGAAACUCCAUCUAAGGAACGAGCACACUCGUUGUCUGGUUCAUAGACAAUCAGCCCAGAUCCAUCAAACAUGGUAUGUAUUAUAUUUUUGAUUCAUUUUUAGGAAAUGUGUCAAUGCAUUUAAUGCCACGAUGUAUUGAGAAAUGGAAGAGAGUCAAGAUAUGGGGAAUUCCACUAUUUUGCUAUUCAUUCAUAUAGGUUUACAGCAUUUGAUCUUACCAGGAAUUAAAUUAGGGUGAUCAAAAAGGGUGUUAUUUUGCAACUGUUAUAUAAUUGCAUGGGAUAUGUAAUCUUUAGUUUUAAGAGGGCGAGUUGAUUCUAUUUGGAGGAACAUUUUCUGGGGCUAUGCAACCGCUGAGGUGUACAUGAACGGGAUGAAACACACAAAAUGGAGCGGGAUUCCGCGAUAACUGCGCAAUUCUUACGGCAUAGUAGUUUGCUCGAUGGCUAUAUCCGGGCAUGUUGCUGGCUCGAGGCUGCACGGUGCAGAUUUAAUUAAUUCGAAAAUCAGAUUAAUAGCAUUGGGAUAACUAGCAAGUUGCUAGAUGAUUACAGCAUAAUUCUGUAGCUAAAGUGAUUACAUUUCAGAUUAUAGUGUGUUGGAUGGAAUAGGAAAGCGCACUGGCAAAUAUGGGGUAAUGCUGACAAGCCCUUUUAGCUACGCUAUUGCUGACAUUUUUGGCACAUGUAAGAUAUGUCUCAACACGUUUUAUUAAUUGGCAAUCUAGUUGUAUCAACUCCUAUAUGAUACUGAAUAAAAUACAUCCCAUUUUGAGGCAAAUUAGCCCAUUCCAUGGCUCGUUAUUAGCUGCAUUUUUUACAUAUUGCAUCAUCGCGCUCUGUCUGAUGGACCAACCAUAAUGCGAAUUGCAGCAAUAAAUCGCCUGUGAUCCGCAACGGAAAUCGUCCAUCUCCCUCAAGUGGGGGAAUCUGAAAAAUUGCAACAUUUUAUAUAAUUCCGCCCUCUGGCGUUCUACAGUACAGUAGUUACAAAGUUUCGCCUUCUUCACGCUCCGUUUAUCUCAUUGUAACGCCGCCUGAUUAGGUUGUCUUUUGCAAAUGCUGUGAUUGUCGUUUCAUCGAGUCCCAGAAGCUCUCUGUCAAAUAGAAAAGCAUACUCAGUAGCCUAGGCAAGAACAUCAACAACUGUUCAGUCUUGGGUCUGUUUUUGUAUUCCUUCAAAUUCAGAAUAAAGUAUUUGAUUGAUGUUUAAUGUCAUCCUUAUUACAUAAUUGAGCAGCUACAAAGUUAUAUUUUAUGGGAAUUAUUGUUAGACUAAAUCAGCAAUGUGUUUCGAACUUCACUGUAUAACUGUCAAUGAUCAAACAGCUCACACACAAUUUCCAACUGUCGAAAUUGAGUUCAUUCAUUUCCAUAGAAAGGGAAAGGGGGAUACCUAGUCAGUUGUACCACUGAAUGCAUUCAACCGAAAUGUGUCUUCUGCAUCAAGCUCUAAAAGUAUCUCUCAAAGUCAUGCCAAGAUAAGUCAUCCAGUUGAAGUGAUGAAGCAGGGUGUGUUGAAGAAGGGCAAGGUCUCUCCCAAUCAAUAUAUUCAUGAUCUAUUGAUUAUCAGCCCUAUGGAUCAUUCAUAGCUCUGGGGGAGUCAAUACAGACAUUUUUCUCUGUGCGAUCAAAUAUCUAUACCAUAUAGUAUCGAACUGCUGCAUGCAGUAUGUUUCAUGUUGCACACCAGUGUAGUAAUUGGAGAAUAAAUUGCAUAUCGCCCUUUUUGAAAAGUUAAAUCUGUGAGUAAACCCCUGUUCAGGCCUACCGUACACUCCAACAUAAUACAGCUAUUGAAGUAGAAACCGUGUAUCUCUAUUGAGAUGGAAGUAUCAAGUAAGUAGUAUAAGCAUAAGCGGACCUAUCCUGUUCCUGUUCCGGCCUUUGUUGCUGGUGCAUGUUUAGUAACUUAGAGGACAUCUGAUCCAGAGCAUUGAAUAAUUGAUUUGCUUGGCAAAUGGCCCUGUCCUGGCCUGGAUGAGUCAGCCUGUAAACUGCUAUCAGGGUUGUGUUCAUUAGGCAGCAAACAGACUGAAAAAUUAGGAGGGACUACAUGGACUCAUCCAAUAAGAAAUGCUAAUUUUCGUUUUUAAAAUGUUUUAAAUUUUUCCUGUGUGUCCUAAUGAACCCAACCCAAAACUCAACCCACCAAUCAGGUCAGUAUGGUGCCCUAGCCCUAGCCUACUGGUGAUGGUGUUGAUGGUGACGCCCUCCCUCCUCAUCUUUUGUCCAGACUGAAAGAGAAGAGGCGCUCAGCACAUAUGAGCUCAAAAGCUUCCCAGGACAAAUGUGUGUGUGUGUGUGUGUGUGUGUGUGUGUGCUCAUACAUAUAGUAUGGCCCUGGGUUUCCUUUGUUAUGAGUCAUAUUCAUACACUUUAGGGGUAGGAAGUCCAUAUAUGGUGCCUCACUGAUGCUACCUACUCUACUGUAGGCUACACUGUAAACCUGUAGACUAAAGACACUAGGAUAAUACCUGCCUGCCUUGUAAAUGAUGUUUAUGAAGAGUGGUGGACUGCAUAGCAGAAACUAGUCUAACUAGUUUCUUCUGUAGGCUACUGCUGUAAGCCUGUUGUGUAGCCUACAGACAGACACCAGAACAAUAGGCAACCUGUUGGUCUAGUGAACUAACGAGUCCUGUCUCUAGUUCCAUGCUGUGGUUGGACAGAGGGACAUGGUUGGACAGUGGGAGUGGUUGGACAGAGAGACAUGGUUGGACAGUGGGAGUGGUUGUCCCACUCAUGCCAGGCAGGAACGCCUCCACAAACACCCUUCUCUCUCAAGCUGGCCUGAAUGCUUGCACAAUAACACUCAAUUCCAUAGGAAAUGGUGACUCAGAGGGAGUUUCCUGGGCACAGACGUGUGUGUGUGCGUGUAGCGGGUGGGGUGGUUCUGUGUUGUCUAUAUUCAGCAGUACUUUGCUGCCUACCAGCAGGUUGCUACAUCCACCAAGCCCCUGUUGCCUUCCAGCAAGACUGGCCAAAAGAGAGAAGGAGUGAGAGAGCGGGAGCCCCAGAGGGGAAAGGCCUGUAGUAGGAGUUCCAGGCAGCCCCAGUGCUGCCAAGGGAACUGAAGGGCUGGAGAAGGCCUGGUCGCGCAGCAGCACUGUGAGGCCCAGUCAUGAAAAGGGAACGGAAGGGCUGGAGAAGGCCUGGUCGCGCAGCAGCACGGUGAGGCCCCGCUGUCUGGGAAACAGCCACAGGAGCUCUGCCACUGAACCCACCCGAUGCCCCACCCUUCAGAAGGAGAGAGGGAGAGAUAACAGGGUGAGGGAUGAGAGACAUGAGUUGUAGAGCGGAAGAGAGGCCACGGCCAAUGUCCAUUCGUUCAUUAACCCCACCCUACAGUGUAAAAUAAUUGAUCUCUGACAGGAAGAGGGAGGAGAGGAAAGCAAAGCCUAUUGUCGGCCGCUUAUUGAAUCACGUCAGCUAAUUUAAUUUAGCCUGGUGAAGUUAACCAUCGCACUGGACGUAUCGACCUAGGCCAGCGAUAUAGCAUCAGAGCCAUGUAGAGAGAGUAUUUUGCUAUCAGCCUAAGUUAAAGAGCAUCUACAAAACAAACUACACAGAUGUCUGUAAAGCCUACACAUAUCUACUGUACUAUAGGAUAUUUGGUCUGCUUUGGGACAGAACUGAACUGGUUGCUAUGUGACUAAUUCACAGGAAAGCUGGUGAUGGAAACUAUUGGCAUAGAGGGAAAUGCCAAUUAGAGUGUGUUCCUGUUUCCCCCCCCCCCCGUGCCAGCAGCAGGCACUCAGCAUUACGUCAGUGGUUUGUAGCCAUAAUCAUAAGCAUGUUUUGCCAAUCUGGCACGGUACCUGCGGGAUUUACCAUUUACACACACAGUGUUGUAAGACCUACGUUGCUGUUGCUGUGUGUGAGUGUUUGUUUGAAACCUGAGGCCCUGUGUGUGUCAAGACUUCAUCCAUCUGUGGGCCCACUGUAGAGGAGUGCUGCCAAGUCAUCACACACACACACACACACACACACACACACACACACACACACACACUCAUUAAAGCGCCUCUGACUCACCGGAGUCAUUAAAUAGGGCUAACCGAGAACAGGGAACAUGCUGGGAGGGAGUCAGGGAGACCAGAACAACUGAACACACUCCAUUAGCAUUUUCAGCUAACAUCAGGCCAGGGCCAUGACCAGUAGGUACAAAACAGGUUAUUCUACCUGGGUAGUGUUCAGUAGGGAGGAAAAACAUUUAGAAACAGAGGUGGUAGUCUACUACAUGACCUUGGCAACAAGAGAGGGCACUCUUUUUCUGUUUUCAAAAACAUGUUUGUGUCCACUGAAAAUGACCCAAGGUAGUCUCUGGAACAAGGUUGGGGACAUUCCGGUUCCCCAUCCAAGUCACUGGUCUGUAGGAAGCCCUGAGUGAGUCUGUCCCCUGAACAAUGUCCUCACUGUGGGGUGUUGGAACAUCCACGGAGGCAGGCGACAGCCAGGAGAGAAUGACUAAGUCGUUUGGUGUUUGGGAUUUAGCGACUGAGUGACUGACUGACUGUUUUUCUCUCUCCUUAAUGUUUUACCCUCAGGCCGAUCAACUAACAGAGGAACAGAUUGCAGGUAGGAACGACUGAGUAAUCACCCUCUUUAGCAUGCUUUUAACACGUUUGACAAAUUAAUGAACAGUACACAUACACAUACAGGGCAUGCACACACCAAUGGAUGUACGCGCACACACACACACAUUACAUAUAACAUAAGGAAAAAAUACAGGAGCUUAUUUUUUACUGUCACUGUCCAUUGACUUCAGCCAUGUUCUUGUCUGAAAUAACUGGAAUGAAAUAGAAUCUUCUCAUUUGAUGUGUGUGUGAUUUGGGCCAGUGAUAACUAGCUACUACUCUCUCUGUUAUUCUCUUCAGUUAGAUCUCUAAACCCCUCGGUGGCUAAUUAGCCAAUGCUACUGGGUCCCAGGCUAAUUCGGUCUUGUCUUCAGCAGUACACUUCAAACAUCUUGCUCUGGAGUGGUUUCUUAUGGCCCUUCAAUAUUAAAAUCACAUAUAUAUGCCUAGCACAUAUUGAUUUGAAAAAAGUAUCAAAGACCAUUAAUUCUACACUAAACUUCCAACACAUACCUUUAGCUGUAGGUCUCUCUUGAACUGCAUCUUAUUAACUAGUAAUUAACUGUCUAUAAACCCUUUACAACCUCCCUUAAGAAUAGCUUAGUGUAAAUGUUACCCAUCCCCCAACCAAAGCUUGAGCCACAGCCCAAGAGGGCCUGACUGAGUCUGACCCACACACCAGUAGGAAAUACUGACUUAACGUAACCCCAUCUUUCAUUCUCCUCCCUCCCUCCUCACAGAGUUCAAGGAGGCGUUCUCCUUAUUCGACAAGGAUGGCGACGGCACCAUCACGACCAAAGAGCUGGGCACCGUGAUGAGGUCGCUGGGACAGAACCCCACAGAGGCUGAGCUGCAGGACAUGAUCAACGAGGUCGACGCUGACGGUGAGUAAAAUAUCUGAUUGGGACAGUCACCGGAAGCUGGAGUUGGCCCACCUGAUUGGUAAAAAAUAAAAUAAUAAUGGGGAUAAGAAGCUCAAACAGGGAAACUUGCGCAAACACGUGCAUCAUCAAAAGGCGACUAAACCUGUAGUCAUUGUGAGUUCCACACCAUAAACUGACCAAAGCAGAAUGCAGUUGCAUGAUCUCAACAUAUUCGUUUAGCACGGUCUGUCCCCUUUUAGAGCUUAGCCUAUGCAGUUCAGUCACUCACUGCCUGUCAAACAGUCCCUCAAUGUCUUAUGACUUCACUGUUACCUGCCUGAAGGACAAGCAGAUUACUGUCUCAAUGUCAGCUUUCGCACUAAGAGCACUAUGGUGAGUGACAAGUCUUCAAGACCCCUGUCAACUUAUCAACACAACUGACUCCUGCCUAAAUAGUUAUGGCUGAAUCAACUGCGACUGAGGGUUAAACCCAAAUUGCACCCUAUUCCCUUUAUAGUGCACUACAUUUGACCAGGGCCCAUAGGGGGUGCCAUUUGGGAUGCACUUUGAGUCAUUAAGAAUGAGAGUGACCAUGGUGGGAGUCGGUCGGCAGUGUCCUUGACUCUUAACAAUGUUGGAAAUUAAACCUGUCAGUCGUCUAGGCGACCAGGCCUAGCCUCCUAAACCCCGGUGAUGCCCUGCCAGCUUAAAGGUUUUUGGUAAAUGGGGCCGUAUCGAUUGCCGACAUAUUGAUCGAUCUCACCACGGUUUGGCUCGGCUCGCUGUAUCUAUCCGAAGUCCCCCCCUCUAUCUCUCUGUUCUCUCUGUCCUGUCUAGUUAUCUGUACAGCGUUUUCUCUCUGGUUUAGGCAGUCUGGGUCAGACAGCGAUGAAGCUAGUAAUGGAAAAUAAAACGAAUUCCAUAACCUCUUCUCCGAUCUGCUCUGCGUUUCACUCUGUACAUUCAGUAUCUCCUCUCUUCUCAUCUCCCACUCCCCUCUCCGCUUUGUACAUUCCGUACCCUCAUAGUGAUGUCAACAGCAGGGCCACAGAUUAUUUACUAAACAAGCAGAGUGGAUGACGGAGGGAGAGAAUGAGGUUAGCUUUACCCCAGAGAGCUGUGCUGUUGGUCUCUGGGAGAGGAGCGAGGAAGAGGACUCUUGUUUGGGCUCUGAAGUGGUGUUUGUGUUGCCCUAUCAUUGGUUCUCCGGGUUUGAUCCCUCCCCACCAAUCUCUGUUGCCCCAGUGUGAAAAAUAUUUGGACUUCAUUGGUUUCAUUGGAACAUUUUGCAGCCCUGGAUGUUGUCUUAGGGGCCGGUCCGCCUUGCCUAGGAAAAGCUAUGGGGAAAUAAUGCUAGGCUAAGGAAUGAAUGUCCUCAUAGACCGUAGAAUGAGUCUGCCUCCUAUAGUUUGCGUCAGCAGUGGCUCUUAUAUACAGUAUAAUUGUACCAUCUCCCACUCGUUCCCUCUCUCCUCCUCAUCUCCCACUCUCCAUCUCUCCCACCCACUCCAUCGCUCCUUCUCGUAUGUCAAGCCUGGCAGAGUCAGGCCCUGGAGUCAGUCAGCCAACUCUCGCUGCAGCAAGAUCUCAUAGGGUGUUUCUCAAUAUGCAUACUACCGUACUCCACACUCAUGUUCUGAGUGCAUUCUCAGAGGACGUUCUAGCUAGCCAGCUGGUUUAACAGGAAAAAACAACCUAAAACUAAUGCAAGGUAGAUUUCAAUUCUUUGUGGGUAGCUAGCUAGGCCUAUUGACUUACUAUGGACUUACCCAUUCACUGAACCAUCUUCCAGCCAAGACAGUGGCAAUAGAGACUAAACAAGAUAUACACAACGUAAACAUUUUACUUCAUACAGUGCCUUCAGAAAGUAUUCACACCCCUUUUUCCACAUUUUGUUGUGUUACACACAAUACCCCAUAAUGUCAAAGUGGAAUUAUGUUUUUUGAAAUCUUUACAAAUUAAUUUAAAAUGAAAAGCUGAAAUGUCUUGAGUCAAUAAGUAUUCAACCCCUUUUGUUAUGGCAAGCCUAAAUAAGUUCAGGAGUAAAAAUGUGCUUACACAUAAGUUGCAUGGACCACUCUGUGUGCAAUAAUAGUGUUCAACAUGAUUUUUGAAUGACUACUUCAUCUCUGUACCUCACACAUUCAAUUAUCUGUAAAGCCUUUGUUGAGCAGUGAAUUUCAAACAGAUUCUACCACAAAGACCAGGGAGGUAUUCCAAUGCCUAACCCUUUGAGCAGGGUGAAGUUAUUAAGUACACUUUGGAUGGUGUAUCAAUACACCCAGUCACUACAAAGAUACAGGCGUCCUUCCAUAAGGCCAAUGGUGACUCUAAAACAGUUACAGAGUUUAAUGGCUGUGAUAGGAGAAAACUGAGGAUGGAUCAACAACAUUGUAGUUACUCCACAAUUCUAACCUAAUUGACAGAGUGAAAAGAAGGAAGUCUGUACAGAAUACAAAUAUUCCAAAACAUGCAUCCUGUUUGCAACAAAGCAUUAAAGUAAUACUGCAAAAAAUGUGGCAAUUCACUUUUAGUCCUGAAUACAAAUAGGUAUGUUUGGGCAAAUCCAAUACAACAUAUUACUGAGUACACUCUCCAUAUUUUCAAGGAUAGUGGUGGCUGCAUCAUGUUAUGGGUAUGCUGCAUCAUGUUAUGGGUAUGCUUGUAAUAGUUGAAGACUGGGGAGUUUAUCAGGAUAAAAAAAGAAACAGAAUGGAGCUAAGCACAGGCAAAAUCCUAGAUGAAAACAUGGUUCAGUCUGCUUUCCACCAGACACUGGGAGGUGAAUUCACCUUUCUGCAGAAUGAAAUGAAAUGAAAAAUGAAAUGACAAUAACCUAAAAUACAAGGCCAAAUCUACACUGGAGUUGCUUACCAAGAAGACAGUAAAUGUUCCUGAGUGGCCGAGUUACAGUUUUGACUUAAAUAUACUUGAAAAUCUAUGACAAGGCCUGAAAAUGGUUGUCUAGCAAUGAUCAACAACCAAUUUGACAGAGCUUAAAAGAAUAAUGGACAAAUGUUGCACAAUCCAGGUGUGGAAAGCUCUUAGAGACUUACACAGGGAGACUCACAGCUUUAAUCGCUGCCAAAGGUGCUUCUACAAAGUAUUGUCUCAGGGGUGUGAAUACUUAUGUAAAUGAGACGUUUCUGUAUUUCAUUUUCAAUACAUUUGCACAAAAAAAUCUAUUUAAUCAAUUUUGAAUUGAGGCUGCAACACAACAACGUGGAAUAAAUCAAGGGGUAUGAAACAUUUCUGAAGGCCUAUCAUAUAUAUGUGACUCAUAAUAAUCUAGCUAAACGGAUAGUUUAACAGGCUAAAACUAAUGUUAUGCAACAUAGAUGUCAAUUCUUUGUGGGUAGCUAGCUAACAAUUCUUUGUGGCUAUCUGGCUAGCUAACAGUAGUAGCUAGCCAGUUAGCCCGAUUGACGUACAAUGGACUUGCGACCUACGCACACUGCAGUGGGUAUUGUAGCAGGUAACCAUGCCAAUUUGAACACAGCAUGUAUUUAUUAAUGUAUCAAGAUAAAUAUUGUAGUCAGGCAACAUAUGAGAUGUGAAUGGGCAACAUUUCGUUCUGAAGUCAGAAUUUAUUUUCUCUCGCUUUAGCUCAAAUAAUGGGCGCCAUUGAUUUCAAUAAAUGUUGCCACAUUUUUUACGUUGUUGCGUCAUAUUUCUGUGCAUACUUUCCGCUGAAGCUUGUAUCGAUGCAUGCUUCAAAAUAUGUACAAAAAGAGUACGUCUUCGAUGUGCCCUCCGUGCUCCGUUUCUUCGCAUACUUUGAUUUGGACUCAUACUACCAACCCUCCCGUGCUCCAAUUUGCGUGCUUGGAGCACGGUAGGAUGCAUUUUGAUAAACACCCAUAGUUUCCUUUCGGAAUUCAACCUAUUAUGGAUGAAAGUCUAUUUUUGACGCAUUAAUUCAGAGUGGUUACAGGGUUAAUUUCGCAUGCUUCCAGGGUUAAAACAGAAACAACUCAAAGGGUUAAGUUUAGGUAUUAAUUCCGAGUCCUUAAGGUUAGGUCUAUGGUUCGGGGAAGGCUUAAAACAAAAUAAUGAAAAACAUCAACUAUCAAGUAUUCUCAUGGCUUGCGAGAGCAUUUGGAACUGCGGUGGUGCAGUAGUCUAAGAAGCGCACUCCGGCUCCGAGUAUCACGGGUUCGUGCUGGGCAAUCAUUUUUGCUUUUGUUUUUUUGUGAGCACCGAUGAAAGCAUAUAUAUCGACGUUCUCAGGACCUUUUCAAACGUCCAAAAUCGCCGUCUAUUGCUAGUGAUCAGGCUGCUCUGUUACUCCAGGCCUCCUCCUCUUCCUCUUGAUUGUUCUUCCAGUAGUGUGUUUUCAGGCCCUGCCUGGCUGCAAAGUGGCUCAUCACACACACACACACACACACACACACACACACACACACACACACACACACACAGGCUGUCUCUGCUCUCUGAUUGGGGCUGAUGUGCUUGUGCUGCUGGCCCAGAGUCUGUGCGUCUCUCUGUAUCUCGUCUCCCUCUCUGUCUGUGUGUCUCUGUGUGUCUCUGUAUGUCUAUGUCUCUGUGUGUAAGGUCUUGAGAUCGCUAGCCCGCGGCCAUUAGAUCACCAUCACAUUAUGCUUUCUACUCUGCUGUUGUUACAGCCCUGCUUACAGGGAGAUCUCCUCUUCCCUGGUUAAUCCCAGUACCACCAGCCCCACCCAUCCUCCACUCCACACACACAGCGCACGCAAACAGCACACAGCACACACUCUACUCCACGCGGGGUUAAUCCAGCGGAAUCUCUGACCUUCCCUCAAUCCCAGCAGGCAGCAACAACAAAUCAUGACGUUUUAUUUUUAACUGCCCUUAAUCAUUACCAUCCCCCUCCCUCCGCCACCCCCGCACAUCCCGAGCUUCCUAGUGUGUUGAUGAAUUUCUAUCUUGCUGAACGGCACUCACACACACACACACAGCAUAUGUUUUACUGUCCUUGUGGGGACCUAAAAUUGAUUUCCAUUAAAAUCCUAUUUUUUCCUAACCCUAAUUCUAACCACAUCCUGAGUGGCUUGGUUGUUGAGGUGGUUAGGGGCUGUGUGUGAGAGAUCCCAUGGCUGCCACCAACAUCCAUCCAUUCAUCCACCACAGAUGAACCCACACCACAGGAGGCCGGUGGCACCUUUAUUGGGGAGGAUGGGCUCAUAGUAAUGGCUGGAAUAAAUGGAACAGUAUCAUAUGGUUUCCAUGUGUUUGAUACCAUUCCAUUUACUCCAUUCCAGCCAUUACUAUGAGCCAUCCUCCCCUCAGCAGCUUCCUGUGAUCCACAUACCCUGUGAGGCCUGGUUAGAGAGAAGGAUGAGAGAUGGUUAGAGGCUAUGUCAAGGUGAAGGAGGCAGCAAGCUCCCUGGUUACUGACUCCCCAGGCAGAGCGAGGCCCUCUGUCAGGGGCAGAUGUGAGGUAAUUUAUGGGGCCUGGCCCCAGACUCCAGCCCAGCACAGGAGAUGUCUGCGUUAUGGAUGACUGAGGAUGGAUUCUCCCUCUUCCUCUGGUCUCUGUAGAUGUGUAGUGUACAUCUACAACAUCCUCCCAGGGCUACCCUGAGGUAUAGAGGGAAGACACACAGUCUAGUGCUAGGAUACUCUGCAGUGUGCACUGCUUUUUAUAGCAGGAAGUGGAAUGAGUUGUAUGCAAGGACAUAACAGGUUAUUUCACAGAAAGGCUUUUCAGGGUCUUUCAUCAUCAUAGGAUGAUGAAGAAUUGCUAGUCAAUAAACAAGCCUUUUUUGUCAUUUAUACACAGUUUUUUUUACUGUAUGUUUACUAUUAUCAGCAUCUUAUCAUUGCAAUGAACUAAACAGGGUGUUAUAAUGAACUAAACAGGGUGUUAUAAUGAACUAAACAGGGUGUUUCCUAUCUCCAAUCCAGGCAAUGGCACCAUUGACUUCCCAGAGUUCCUGACCAUGAUGGCCAGAAAAAUGAAGGACACGGACAGUGAGGAGGAGAUCCGUGAAGCCUUCAGGGUAUUCGACAAGGUAAAGUACUGCAUGUUUACUAUCUAACACAUCCUUGGAGAGUAAUAACAGUCAUCUUUCAUAAGAUAUACCCACCUUUUGAUAAACACAUCGUCAAAACUUCCAGUUAUGGUGAUGCUACACUCUUAGAAAGAAAGGUGCUAUCUAGAACCUAAAAGGGUUAUUUGGCUGUCCCCAUAGGAGAAUCCUUUGAAUAACCCUUUUUGGUUCCAGGUAGAACCCUAUUGGGGUUCCAGGUAGAACCCUUUCCCUAGAGGGUUCUACAUGAAACCAAAAAGAGUUCUACUUGGAACCAAAAAGGGUUCUACCUGGAACCAAAAAGGGUUCUCCUAUGGGGACAGCCGAAGAACCCUUUGUCUAAGAGUGUGUGUGUAUGUGUAUGUGAUAUAUGGUGUUAUAUAUAUAUAUAUAUAUAUAUAUAUAUAUAUAAAAUUAACCAUCCAAUGGGGAUUUAAUUAUCAGUUCAUUGCCCAAUGGGGAUUCGCCUCUCCACUCAUCAUUGCCCAAUGGGGAUUUGCCUCUCGUUUAUAUCCUGAUUGCUCCCCAAUGGGAAUGCCUUUCCGUCUAUUCUCACCCAAUGGGAUUUCUUCCCUCGUGUCUCCAGGACGGAAACGGCUACAUCAGCGCAGCAGAACUCCGUCACGUCAUGACAAACCUGGGGGAGAAGUUAACAGACGAGGAGGUAGACGAGAUGAUCAGAGAAGCAGACAUUGACGGAGACGGACAGGUCAAUUACGAAGGUAAGAGGACAGUACACCUAGCCCUGUAUGCUUAACCAGCCACAUGUGGCAGUGGAUAUUAUUAGUUAAUAUAACGGAGACGGACAGGUCAACUAUGAAGGUAAGAGGAGGACAGAAGUUGUUCCAGGCUAGCUCUGGGUAGUGUUCAUUGGGGCACAAAAUGGAAAACGUUUCAAAACAUUUUGCAUGGAAAACAAAAAUGUGAGUCUAGGAAGUCCCUCUGUUUCAGUAUGUUGUCUUCCAUUUGGUACCUAAUGAACAUGACCCUGUACAGCAGGCGUAACCAGCUACAGUGCCUUUAGAAAGUAUUCAUACCCCUUGACUUAUUCCACAUUUUGUUGUGUUACAGCCUGAAUUCAAAAUGUAUUCAAUUCAGCAAAUGUAUUGAAAAUUAAAUAUAGAAAUAUCUCAUUUACAUCCCUUUGCUAAGACACUCCAAAUUGAGCUCAGGUGCAUCCAAUUUCCUUUGAUCAUCCUUGAGACUACAACUUGAUUGGCGUCUACCUGUGGCCAAUUCAAUUGUUUGGACAUGAUUUAGAAAGAAACACACAUGUCUAUAUAAGGUCCCACAGUCGAAUGUGCAUGUCAGAGCACAAACUAUACCAUGAAGUCCAAGGAACUGUCUGUAGAUCUCCGAGAUCGAAUUGUGAUGAGGCAUACCGUACCAGUCAAAUGUUUGGACACCCCUACUCAUUCAAGGGUUUUUCUUUAUUUUUACUAUUUUCUACAUUGUAGAAUAGUAGUGAAGACAUCAAAACUAUGAAAUAACACAUAUGGAAUGGUGUAGUAACCAAAAAAGUAUGAAACAUAUCAAAAUAGAUUUUAUAUUUGAGAUUCUUCAAAUAGCCACCCUUUGCUUUGAUGACAGCUUUGCACACUCUUGGCAUUCUCUCAACCAGCUUCACCUGGAAUGCUUUGCAAAGGGUGGCUACUUUAAAGAAUCUCAAAUAUAAAAUAUAUUUUGAUUUGUUUAACACUUUUUUUGGUUACUACAUGAUUCCAUAUGUGUUAUUUUAUAGUUUUGAUGUCUUCACUAGUAUUCUACAAUGUAGAAAAUAGUAAAAAUAAAGAAAACCCUUGAAUGAGUAGGUAUGUCCAAACUUUUGACUGGUACUGUAUAUCUGGGGAAGGGUAUAAAACAUUUUUGGUGUUGAAAGUUUCCAAGAGCACAGUGGUCUUCAUCAUUGGUAAAUUGGAAAAAAGAUAGAACUUCCCAGACUCUGCCUAGAGCUGGCCGUCCGACCAAACUGAGCAACCGGGCAAGAAAGACCUUGGUUAGGGAGGUGACCAAGAGCCCAAUGACCACUGACAGAACUACAGAAUUCCUUGGCUGAGAUGGGAGAACCUGCCAGAAGGACAACAGUCUCUACAGCACUUCACCAAUCUGGGCUUUUUCUCAGAUGCUACUCCUGAGAAAAAGGCACAUGACAGCACGCCUGGAGUUUGCAAAAAGGCACGUGAAAGACUGAUAUCAUACGGCAAAAGAUUCUGUGGUCUGACAAAAAUGUUACUCUUUGGCCUGAAUGCAAAGCCCUAUGUCUGGAGAAAACCAGGCCAGCUCAUCACCAAUCGAACACCAUCCCUACCGUGAAGCAUGGUGAUGGCAGCGUCAUGCUAUGGGGAUGCUUUUCAGCGGCAGAGACUGGGAGACUGGUAAGGAUAGAGGGAACAAUGAAUGGAGCCAAAUACAGGCAAAUCCUUGAUGAGAACCUUCUUCAGAGUCCAAACUACCUUAGACGGUCAGAUUUCCGUUCCAACAGGACACUGAUCCCAAGCAUACAGCCAAAGCAACGCUGGAAUGGCUUCAGAACAAGAAUGUGAAAGUUCUUGAGUGGCCCAGCCAAAGCCCAGACUUGAAUCCCAUUGAAAAUCUGUGGAAAGACUUGAAGAUUGUGGUUCACCUCCGCUCUCCAUCUAACUUAACAGAGCUUGAGAAAAUCUGCAAGGAAGAAUGGGAGAAAAUCCAGAUCUGCAAAGCUGUAAUCACCGCCAAAGUUGCUUCUACAAAGUAUUGAAUACUUAUUGAGAUACCAGGGGGGAAAAAGUAUUUAGUCAGCCACCAAUUGUGCAAGUUCUCCCACUUAAAAAGAUGAGAGAGGCCUGUAAUUUUCAUCAUAGGUACACGUCAACUAUGACAGACAAAUGGAGGAAAAAAAAUCCAGAAAAUCACAUUGUAGGAUUUUUAAUGAAUUUAUUUGCAAAUUAUGGUGGAAAAUAAGUAUUUGGUCACCUACAAACAAGCAAGAUUUCUGGCUCUCACAGACCUGUAACUUCUUCUUUAAGAGGCUCCUCUGUCCUCCACUCGUUACCUGUAUUAAUGGCACCCGUUUGAACUUGUUAUCAGUAUAAAAGCACCUGUCCACAACCUCAAACAGUCACACUCCAAACUCCACUAUGGCCAAGACCAAAGAGCUGUCAAAGGACACCAGAAACAAAAUUGUAGACCUGCACCAGGCUGGGAAGACUGAAUCUGCAAUAGGUAAGCAGCUUGGUUUGAAGAAAUCAACUGUGGGAGCAAUUAUUAGGAAAUGGAAGACAUACAAGACCACUGAUAAUCUCCCUCGAUCUGGGGCUCCACGCAAGAUCUCACCCCGUGGGGUCAAAAUGAUCACAAGAACGGUGAGCAAAAAUCCCAGAACCACACGGGGGGACCUAGUGAAUGACCUGCAGAGAGCUGGGACCAAAGUAACAAAGCCUACCAUUAGUAACACACUACGCCGCCAGGGACUCAAAUCCUGCAGUGCCAGACGUGUCCCCCUGCUUAAGCCAGUCCAUGUCCAGGCCCGUCUGAAGUUUGCUAGAGUGCAUUUGGAUGAUCUAGAAGAGGAUUGGGAGAAUGUCAUAUGGUCAGAUGAAACCAAAAUAUAACUUUUUGGUAAAAACUCAACUCGUCGUGUUUGGAGGACAAAGAAUGCUGAGUUGCAUCCAAAGAACACCAUACCUACUGUGAAGCAUGGGGGUGGAAACAUCAUGCUUUGAGGCUGUUUUUCUGCAAAGGGACCAGGACGACUGAUCCGUGUAAAGGAAAGAAUGAAUGGGGCCAUGUAUCGUGAGAUUUUGAGUGAAAACCUCCUUCCAUCAGCAAGGGCAUUGAAGAUGAAACGUGGCUGGGUCUUUCAGCAUGACAAUGAUCCCAAACACACCGCCCGGGCAACGAAGGAGUGGCUUCGUAAGAAGCAUUUCAAGGUCCUGGAGUGGCCUAGCCAGUCUCCAGAUCUCAACCCCAUAGAAAAUCUUUGGAGGGAGUUGAAAGUCUGUGUUUCCCAGCGACAGCCCCAAAACAUCACUGCUCUAGAGGAGAUCUGCAUGGCGGAAUGGGCCAAAAUACCAGCAACAGCGUGUGAAAACCUUGUGAAGACUUACAGAAAACGUUUGACCUGUGUCAUUGCCAACAAAGGGUAUAUAACAAAGUAUUGAGAAACUUUUGUUAUUGACCAAAUACUUAUUUUCCACCAUAAUUUGCAAAUAAAUUCAUAAAAAAUCCUACAAUCUGAUUUUCAGGAGAGAAAAAAAUCUCAUUUUGUCUGUCAUAGUUGACGUGUACCUAUGAUGAAAAUUACAGGCCUCUCUCAUCUUUUUAAGUGGGAGAACUUGCACAAUUGGUGGCUGACUAAAUACUUUUUUCCCCCACUGUAUUUCUGUAUUUCAUUUUCAAUACAUUUGCAAAAACUUCUAAAAACAUGUUUUCACUUUGUCAUUAUGGGGUAUUGUGUGUAGAUGGGUAAAAAAAUAAAAAUACAAAAACCAUGUAUAAAUUUUUAAUUCAGGCUGUAACACAACCAAAUAUGGAAUAAGUCAAGGGGUAUGAAUACUUUAUGAAGGCACUGUACAUGUAAAAGUCAUGUAAGAGGUAUUACCAGCUACAUGUAACAGACAUGUAAUAGGUAUUACCAGCUACAUGUAACAGACAUGUAAGAGGUAUAGCCAGCUACAUGUAGCAGUGGUUACGACUGGUUAUACAGCCUUUCCAGCACUGUACAGCAGGCUGAACCAGCUACAUGUAACGUGUAGCGCCAGCCCUGUAGCAGGCUUGUAACAGCCCUGUAGCAGGCGUAACCAGCCUUUUGCUCCCUCUCUCUUUUUCUAUUCUUUCUCUCCUUCUUUCUCUCUCCCUUUUCUCUCUCUCAGAGCUGGGCAAUAUGGACAAAAAUCCAUAUUGCGAUAAAUUGCCUGAAUUGAUGUGAUAAUAAAUAGAAUGAUACGUUUAUAACAUUUAAUGUGCACCACAGUAAAAAAAAAAAAAAAAUCCUUUAAACUACUAGUACUAGUCUGAUGGUUGUAUCCAUCAAUUGUCCCAUUAACAAUCACCCAUAUUAGAAAACACAUUUCAUUUCAAACUUCACGAUAUCAGCAAAAUGCCUGCGAUAAGUGAACGGUAUGGUCGAUGUCGAUAAUGUUCAGUUUAUAGUCUUAACUCUACUCUCUUUUCCCCUCCCCCACUUUCACUCCUAUUCCCUAAGUGCAUUACACAAGACAAUGCGCUCAUUUUUUAGAAGGAGCUGUUGACACAAUAAAUAGUCUAUAUGUCUUGGCUGGAAAGCGCCCUACUUCCUCACUCUCUCUUAUUGUGCCAUAAACAGCAUAUGUACUCUAUAAGCAUUUGAAAGCCUUCUUUAUUUUGGUUGGACAUCAUUGUCUUGUUUUCACACUGCAGUGACUUUUUAAUCAAAUAAGCUUAAUGAGAUGAACAUGGAAGCCGUUUGGAAACGGGACACUAAUUAGAAUGAUGUGCAUUCUGUUCCUCCACUGCUUGAUUAAAACAUUUAUAAACAGUUUAACAAUUUAGCAGUUGACUGCCUCGCCUGGCGCUUUGCCAAUGGGGCAUAAUGAGCUAUAGUACGUUACUUAUCUUUGUGUUCUCUCUCUCUCCUCUCUCUCUCUCUCUCUCUCUCCUCUCUCUCUCUCUCUCUCUCCUCUCUCUCUCUCUCGUCUCUCUCUCAUCCUCUCUCUCCUCAUCUCUCUCUCUCUCUCUCUCUCUCUCUCUCUCCUCGUCUCUCGUCUCUCUCCCUCUCUCUCUCUCCUCUCUCUUCUCUCUCUCCUGCUCUCUCUCUCUCUCUCUCUCUCUCUCUCUCUUUCUCUUCUCUCUCUCUCUCUCUCUUUUCAACAGAGUUUGUACAGAUGAUGACUGCAAAGUGA